AGUAGCAUAAUAAUCGGGAUUUAUUUUCGUAAAUUAUAAAGGUUUAAUCGCCAGUUAUCCGCUGGAAAAUGCCUGCAAAGUGACCGCGAAUGCUUCCUGGUUCGAGUGUACAUAGCGAAGAGUGUGAAGAUCAGCGACGAUGGAAGUUAUUCCCAAUUCUUAUAUUGCUCGGGUUGUUUUAGCCUAUCUGUACGAGGAGAAGCUAAACAAGGCGGCGAUCGAAUUUUGCAUGGCCAGCCCCUACCUGAAGGAGGAACGGGAUUUCGUCAAACGAGGGUUCCGUCCAGCGACCUGUAUUAGUUUGAAACUGACGGCACUGUUUCGGGAGUACGGCGAAAUUCAGCAGAAAUUGGACAGCUUUGUGGAAAAGUACGACGUUGAAUUCGACGUUCAGCCAGAUCUACCGCUGGUGAGGAAGAUUGAUGUGAUUUUGUCACUGCUGAAGCAAGUCCGCCACAGGAGGAGGCAUUCGGGUGAGGAGAAGGUGGUGGUGAAGAAAGAGCCCAGGAAGUCGGCGGGGAGCUGCAAGAGGAAGCGAGGGGCUCCUUCACCGCAUCCGUCGCUUUCCAGCAGUACGCCGGAAGUGGGAGAACCGAAGCAGAAGCGUGUCUGUACGAAUCCGGCGUUUAUUGUGCUGAAUGACAGUGGGAAGAAUUUGUCGAACCUGUCGAACAUUUCGCCGAUUGGGGGGGAAGGGGAUAGUUCGCAGGAUUCGGACAGAGAGGAUGAAGUUGAGGAAGAAGUACCGGAGAAGGAACAGGAGGAAGAGGAACCGCUGGACGUGAGGAAAUUCCCAUCUAUUGAUUUGUUCUCACAGACGCUGCUAGAGAAUGAAAAUUAUUCGGAGAAGAUUGCCGAUUUGAUCAAUAAGGGAUUGGAGUCUUCCAUGAGCACUCAACCGGAUGCCAAAGAGGGUACCAGUGCUAUUAGAGAGGAACCAGUUGAGGCCGAGACGGUAGAGAGCGAGUCAAAGGCCGAUUGUCAAUCGUUUAAUUUUAAUUUUGAUGAGUUGAUCUCGAAUAUAGUGAAUAAUGCUGUAAAGGAUCCGGUGUUUGAUGAUAUGAUGGAUGACAUCAGCAGCAAGGCUAUCAAGACGCAGAAUGGGAACGAGGUGGAAGAGUCGGAAACUGUGCCUCCACCGGAGACGCCGUUGAAAGAGAGGCUCAGGAAGACCUGCAGGAAGAAUUACAAUCCAUGCGCGGUGAAGCGGUCUGUCAAGCAGGUUAGGGUAAUCUCAGAUGAACCGUACUACGGAGGGUUUCCGGAAGGGGUGGACGUUGAGAACUCUCAACCGGCGACGAUGGCCGUCGUGAAGGUGGAAUCAUUCGCCAGCACGUCCGCUGAUUUGGAUCAAUCACAGGACUCUAUAGCAGAUCCACCGGAAACGGUGGCUGUUCAACCGGAAGUCACCUCAACGGCAGACCCACCGGCUACUGCGGCUGCUACUACUCAAUUUUAUGUGAUUCAACCGGAUAACACCACCAAAUUGGUUGAUAUCAACCAGCUGCAGUUCCCUACUCAGCAAUCAGGCUUGCUAACCGACCCGACGGCAACGGAAUCCGGAAGCACACUGAUUCCCAUUACUGGAGUCGGAAUUCCGGAGCAUACCUACUACAUCAACGUCCCGAACUGCUAUCUGGACCCCAACACUCAACUGCCGGUGUACUUCAAUACCUUUCCGGGACCGGUAUCGGAGCAGAAUCCCACCAUUUCCAUUCUACCGGACGUAUUACCUAGCCCGGAUAAGUUCCUUAUAUUCCCAUCCUCUUCGUCCGGUACCAAUCCGGUUAUCAGUGAUGUCUGCACCAUGUCAGCCGUCACCAACACUGUUAGUACAUCGCCGUCUACCGCCGCCAUGAACAGUAUCUACUCGACGUUUGUCCCAUUGGUUCCCAAGCCGGAAGUGAAGACCACUCCUCCGAAUAGCAUCAUCCAAAACACAAAAGCCCGCAGCAACUCCACUCCUAGUCGCAAAGCGUCCCACAUUCGGAUCUUGAACUUCCACACCCCAGCCAAACAGCCUGCACUAGUCGCGGGCACUUCGGCUAGAAUAUCGACUCCCGGUUCCGCCCCUCCCUCCGUCAACACUCGACCAAGCCGCAUCCCUGUCGUAGAUCUCCCUCGACUAGAUUCCAUCCUCGAAACCAGUAUCAAACAGGAACCUCGGAAAACGCCGGAAAAAAUAUCCGACGAUUUGGAUCCCGCUCCACUGAUCCCCGCCUUUAAUCCCAACUCCGUCUCUAAUACACCCCGCGUAUCCAAAGACCCACGAACCUGCGUUCGCGUCCUGUCCGAAUCGGCUAGCGAUGAACCCGUCGAAAUCGCCAUACCCACGGUAGAAAUCCCUGCCUCAGUGGUAGCAGAAACCUGCAAAAAGACCCCCACUCCGAGGGUCCAGAUUAGCGAUGCCGAAAUGGAAGAAUGGCGACGGAUUCGUUCCGUGUCCAAAUCCAACUUCGACCAGCAUCUUCGGAUGAUGGAAGAGCAAAGACAAAAGCCCAUUAUCCGGCCACAGCUUCGCAGAAAACGAAAGAAACCACCAACUCGGAAGGCCCCGGGGGCGGCAGCCUCAAAAGAACCAUCGGAAGAAGCUACGCCCUCGAAGGAUGACUCACUGGAAUCGCUGGAUAAAGCGAAUACCAGUUUGACGGAAAUCCACGGCCAAAUGCUGGAGGAUGCCCUGGCUUCGGCAAAGAAACCGGAAGCCGGGAAGACCCCAGGCAAGACGCCGGCGAAAGCGAAGACUCCGGCCAAGGAGGACGGCAAUGGUGGGGGAGAGCAGGGAAAUAAAAUCUACGUGAAGAUUGCAACUCCCCGGAAGAAGACUCCGCUGAAGACGACACCGAAGCGGAAGUCCGCGAAGAAACGUCGGCUUAGUAGUCCCAGGAAGAGGGUGGCCGUGAAGAAGAAAGAGGAUAAGCCGAAGGCUUUGGAGCAAAAGGAAACUGUUGAAAAUUCUGAGGAAGUGAAGGUCGAGGAAAAAGAGCCGGAUGUGAUCGUGGAGAAGGAACCAGAACCGGAAACGCCUGCUAAAGCGGAUGAUAACUCUCUUUCUCAAGUAGAGGCCACACCGCCGGAAGCUCCCAAACCCAUAAAGGACCAUCCGAAGUUGCUGGCAAAGAAAUCCAGUGCGGAAUAUGUUCGCAAGGAACAGGAGAAGGCAGCGGAAUCAGCCAGCACUGCCGCUAGUCUGGAAAGUCCUCCGGAGAAACCUCCUGCAGUCGCAGUUGACAAUUCGUUUGGUUCUUCUCUCUGUCUGGAGACGCCAUUUAAGGCCGACUUGAGCAGCAUUCCGAUAACUCCUCGGUUCCUGAUGCCGAACCAGAUCGAGAACACCCCCAUGGUGAAGAUCGUCCGCGAGGGAAUGGACACGAAUUCCUCGCUGAAGAAAACGUGCGACAUUCAGACGCCCAACUUCCCAAUCACUCCAGGCCUAAUCAGCACACCCAAGUCAAUCAAUUCGGUCAGUCCUCAAAGCCUCAGUGGCACCGGAGGCUUCAGCACUCGCCGUACGGAUUACUCCUCCGGAAGUUCCUACUACAAGCCAGAUGAAUCCGAGGAUCUGGACAAGAACUUGGAGGCUAUGCUACACGGUGAAAGGAAGAAGCGACCGGUGGCGGAUACCAGCGAGAAGGAAUCAAUCGAAGAGCUACCUCAACCCGAAGUAGAGCCCGUCAUCGAAUCAACUCCACAGAAGUCGGAACAUGCGAGUGCCUCUUCUUCGGAGUCCUCCAGCAGUUCGGACUCUUCAUCCGAUUCCAGCACCAGCGGUAGCUCACCGGAGAAUACACCGGUCAAGCAAGAAUCCUCCCCAGUCUCCCCUAGUCCAAAGAAGUCUUCCGUGCCGUAUCUCACCGCCUACGAGGCUCGCCGCCAACAGCUGGCCGAGUUGGAAGCUAAGAAGCAGCGCACUAUUGCCCGUAUGAAAAUCGCCAAACCAGCACCGCCGAUGAAGAAAACCGAUCGCAAAUUUUCCGUUCCGCCCGGUUUCAAGUCGCGGAAUGUAGUCAUCACUCGAGGCAAGGAAGAUGCUUCUAAACCUGCGGUGUCAACGGGUACCCCUCCGCGGGCGGCAGCGUCCCCUUCGUCCAAGCGCAAAAACCCAACACCUCGGAAGGUGGUCUUCCUGGACAAAAUCCUUCCGAUGAGUGCCAACAAACAUUCGCCCAAGCGGAAACCGCUGCCUUCGCAAGAUAGCAGUCGAAAGUCGCCGCGAGCCUCGCUGUUGAUUUCCGAGCAAGAAGUCCAUAGGAUCAUAACUCCUCGAAAAGACAAAGCGAUCGAAGGAACGUAUGAAAGCGAAGACCUGUCGCGGCUUUGCUGCACACCCGACAUACCAGAUGUUGAUCCGGCGGCGGAUAAGAAACAGGUUUAUGAAUUCCACAGUCCAGAACGCGGCUGCGAAGCAGAAGACAGUUCCAAACAGCAAGGAACUCCCGAUUCAAACAAGGAGAACCAAUCCUUGGAAGCGGUGAAAAAUUCGGAUCCGCCGCAGGCGGAGGAAAAGGAGGGGGAAGAAGACGCUAGCGAAAGCAGUGACGGGGACGAAGAUGACGCCUACAAUGACUGUUCGUUAAGUUCGGUCUGUGAGAAGGACUACUUCUGGUUUGCAUAUAAUGAGAAAAAGUCCUCUGUUGUCCGCUGUGAGCGGUCUUCCGAAAUCCGGUUGAUCAAGAAGUGUAACGUUGUGCUGGAAGAUCGCAAGGUCUGUCUGCAGCCGGUGGAUUCGAUCUUCCUUUUCGAACAGCUUCCAAGUCCUCCUCCUUCUUCCGGCACCCGAAGCUCGUUGAAGAAAGCCAAGACUUCCGCUGGUGAGAAGGAUCCGAAACCGGAGGUGGCUGUUGCGGUUCCACCAGCAUCGACAAUGAAAGCGAAAAUAAAUGUCGUCUCGGCAGUACGGAAUUCGGCCCAUCCGGCUACCAGCGGACGGGCGGCGCACCUGUUGGCCGAAAAGCAGAAACGCCAACAGGAAGCGGCUAUCGCUACCAAAAAGGACAAACUCGACCAUCCGACGGACAAGGUACACACAGAGGUUCCCCAGGCGGAAAGCUCCGGCAAAGCUAGUGAAGAGAAAUUAGCUUCCCCAUCGCCAAAGAUGCCCAUAAAGUUGGACAUGAAAAAGAAGCAACAACAACAACAGCAGCAGCAGUCCCAGGAGCCAUCGCCUGCUAAACCGACGGCUGGUAACACUGAACCGGUGGAUCCAGCGCCGCCACCGGCGCCGGUGGAAGAUGCCGACCCACAGUUGCAGAAAAAUAUCCUAGAGGACGAUAUCGAUGCGGUUCUGACGCAUCUUCAUGGAUCGUAAUUUACAGUAAUUAUUUGGAAUAAGUUCACAUUUACAUAGCGAGAAGAAUGUCCUUGGUUCAAGGACAGUUUAGGAAAGGACUACAUUUUUGGUAUAGUUGACAUUCUGUUUUCGAGGUAUGUUAGUUGUAUAACGCCCCUGAGAUCAAAAAAAAAACGCUUAUGGUUUAUUAUAGGUACACAUAUAUUUCUAUACAUAUAUAUGGAUAAGGCCGACCCUACCUACUUUACAUAUUCAAUAAACCGUCG